GGCUACGUUACGGUUUUGGAGUAGCGGUAAUUCGUAAUGGCGACCGUGCCGGAGAUGUGCCUAGGUUUGGGAAAAUGAAGCGAAGAAGAAGUUAUUUCUAUUAAGAAAACACCGGGGUUCCCCAAAGGAGGAAUUAACGUCGAAAACAACGGCUUUCUUAGGGUUUAAGUUAUAGCUACUUUUGAACCUUUGUACCCCGAAAUGAUGAAGCUCAAGUCAAACCAAACCCGGACAUACGACGGGGAUGGCUACAAGAAACGGGCCGCCUGUCUCUGCUUCAGGAGCGAGAGUGAAGAGGAGGUGCUGCUGGUGAGUAGUAGCCGGCAUCCAGAUAAGUGGAUUGUCCCCGGUGGGGGAAUGGAGCCAGAGGAAGAGCCCAAUGUUGCUGCAGCGCGGGAAGUUUGUGAAGAGGCAGGUGUGAAGGGGACUCUGGGACGCCUGGUGGGGAUGUUUGAGAACCGGGAGAGGAAACACAGAACGUUUGUGUACGUGCUGGUGGUGACAGAGGUGCUGGAAGACUGGGAGGACUCGGUCAACAUCGGUGAGUAUCUAGAGGUCACCUCGACCCCUCCAGCCUCGUUCCCCAUCACACUGUUCCUCAACCCUGUCUCCUUCCUCUCAACAGGGAGGAAAAGGGAAUGGUUUAAAAUAGACGAUGCCAUCCAGGUGCUGCGGUGUCACAAGCCUGUGCAGGCCACCUACUUUGAUGCUCUUCAGCAGGGCUGUCUGACCAGCAACGGGACGCCCCUGGUCACCUCCAUAGGAGGAGACCUGUCCCCCACCUAUAACAUCAAUCAAAGCUCUGUGUCGGGUAUCAGAUAACUACAACAUCACACCCUGGAGCCCCACGGCCUGGAGCCCCCCUCCCCCUUCUCUCUCUCUCGCUCCUACCUGUAUGGUUUUCUGUUUCUUCUUCGUUGUCUCCAUGGUUACAUGGUUUGCCUUGCCAACUCCUUUGUGCCAGAAUUGUGGCACAGACUUGAUGACAAGUGUUGGGUGAAGAUUCUGAAACACUUUGUAAAUGUACAUGUAACCUUUCAACCCCAUCCCCUGUUCUUUUUCUUUCUUUUUAUUGACAACUGCAUGAAUUGUUCCUCACUUCCUCUCCUCUUUCUCCCUCUCCUCCACUCCUUCCUCCUCUCUCCUCUUCCUCCUCUUCUCCCUCUUGUAACACGCCCUUAGCGUGGUGGUUAUUGAAUGCAAGAACUACUUUUUACUGUUGUAAUGUAAAAGUGUAUACUUAGUGCUUAAGCUGAAGGCUUUCAGUGGUCUUUUUAAUGUCUCAUCUUUUUGGUUCUUUUCUGUGAAUGAAUGUUGCCCAUGAGUGUAUUGUUUCCCUCUUGUACGGACAGGAUAUGUUCUCUGUGUCUGAAUGGACAGACUUGUUGAAAGUGACUUCUUUUGCAUGAGCACUGUUUAUGGUUUUGGUCUCACACAUUCUGGCGACCUGAUUGUGAAACGGACAGUCUUUUGUGGUAAGGUCUUUGAAAUCCUCUUCAUUUUGCUCCUCAUUGUGGUUUUUGAUGUCAAGAUCUCAUUCUUUAUCUGAAGGAAAGGGGCGGCACAAAGUUUCAAGUCGACACUUGCUAAGUCUUCUUUGAUUUAGCCAAUCACUGAAUCAAAAAAAGAGAAGAAUGUUCCCUAUAUAACUAUAAAAUGUAAGAAUAGACCGGAUAAUCUCUCCUCAGAGAACCAGUUUUUCUUACUCCAAAUUAUUCCCUUCUUAUUUGGUCCUUUAGUGGGUUGUAACUUUGGGGUUCAGGGGUGUGGAUGACGAAGUUGUCCUUCAUGUCUUAAGAUCUGAGCGUUCCUGAGGAGAACAGCGAAGACUGUCAGGACACCCAGCACAUAUCAGCUUGCAGCAAAUCAGACUUUCUCUGCUCCUCCAUCUGGUUUCAGUUGAAUAGUGGUUGUUUACAUUACGUUCAUAACAGGUAGGCCCUAGACAGGUAUUUUUAAGGUGAGUUUUUAGAGGGCACUUUUCAGUAAGGUGAAGUUGUUUUAUUUUCUAAACCUUCAUUCUUUAGUAUUUAAUCUGCAUCCCCAAAAACACUAAAAAAAACACCUGAUUGACAUUGAGAAAAGUAUUGGAAUAUAAAAGGAUGUCUUUGGCAAGAUGCAGAACAAACAAGCCUUGUACAGUUUGAGACCUCGUUUUUAACCGUGUAAAAUGCUUUUGGAUACUAGUUUUAUUUUAUUUUUCUCUUUGACGUCAGGCAGAAGUGUCUUUAGUCCCGCUGUGUUCUGCCUUGAUAUCUGGCAUGGAGCGCUCGGCUCAAUACUGUGAAGCUGAAGGCGCUGGAGGUGGCAUGUACGUUUGUCUUGUAAAGUGUUUAUUUCUGUAAAGAUCAAAGGUGAGAGAAUGCAAAUGACAAAACUCUUUUCCUGCCACGUGUAGAGGAGUAGUCCACAGCUGCGCGCUGGGGCGGGAGGCCUAGUCACACGGGGUGAACACAGGGCUUUGACGUGGGUAAAUAACUUCACUGGGGUAACAGACUGUACAUCUGAGGCUUGUGAUGCAGACUCUGUAUGGUGUUAGGGGCCUAUUCAACACUCACCACCGAAACCCUCUUCCAAAUUCCUUGUCCAAACAUUAGCCUGCCAAGGUAGAAAUGCUUAUUGCAGACACAAAAUGUAGAUUUUAUCUUCUAGGUUUGCUGCUACAGAAUGAUAACUACCAAAGUGCAGUCAUGUCAGACCACGGAGCUGUUAUUUCAGCCUCCUGUCAGCAGGCCGCCCCAUCAGAGGUGUUAACCAGGCCCUCCCGUCACCCCUGCUGCCCAUAGCUCUACUCGCUAUGGCUUUCCAGAAAAACACCCCCUACUAGCCUCGUUUCUAAUAAUUUAUUUUGACCUGUGUUUCACCUAAUUUCAUCGCCCAUCUGUUCCUGAGUUGAUGGAGUCACGGUAGAAUCAAGCCCUGCCGUGACCAUGGCUGCAGACUACAAGCCCUGCCGUAACCAUGGCUCCAGACUACAAGCCCUGCCGUAACCACGGCUGCAGACUACAAACCCUGCCGUAACCACGGCUGCAGACUACAAGCCCUGCCGUAACCACGGCUGCAGACUUUGAACGUGCUUUUACUGCUUUUUAUUGGUCUCGUUAGGUGUGGAGGGCGAAGUCUUAGUUUGCGUUUCCUGGCGCUGAUGUCUAGCGGAGGUUUCAUAUUAGCCCCUUUCUGGGCCAGCAUGUGUAAGAUGUGUGAAGGUCAGCCAGCAGCCCUGAACAGCCGUGUUGGAUUGUCCAGAGGAGUCUCAGUCUGUUCCAGGCUGGGGAGACGGAGGCAGACACACUGUCAAAACGAAUGUGACACAACUCACGAGAAACAGCCGAUGUCUGAACAACUAUCACCACUUCCUCCCAGACCUGUCGUUUCCUUGUUUGUACUUUGUGUAUCUCUACUUGUUAUUGACAAGAUGAUGUAUUGUACUCUGGAAGGUCAAAGGCCGUCUCUUAAAAAGCUUUUGGCUUCAGUCUGAGACGGUUAGAUCUGUCUCACCCGUGUGACCUAACAUGCCAUGCAGCCAAGGCCUCUCCACAAACGGGCUCUGGAAAAUGAAGUAAACAUUGAGGUUUCAAUGACUGAGUGUUUGAAAGGUCUACUGGGGGAACAAUUUAGAAACACACCUUUUGCUAUGUUUUCUGACAGGAUAGAACCAGUCGAGAUAUAGUUUCAGACCCAAGACAUCCUCCAAUAAGAAAGGGACUAUAUUAAGGAUUGACACAAGCUGAGGUAGUCCUAAACAGCAGCUGUUAAGUGAUGAUGGCAAUAACUUUGGUGGCAGUAUUGAACACAUGACCAUAAAAGAAUGUUUGGCACCAUCUAGUGGUCAUUAAAUGUAUGGGGCAUCAAACCACAUCACUAAACCCAAAUGAAAUGUUGCGAAUUGUAGCAUUUCAAGCUGUUAAAGGCCUCUAUCAAAUAUUGACAGAAUUUUCUUAAAAAACUUUCAGAUUGUGCUACAAAUUUCAUAAUUGUGCCUGAUGUGGGAGAAACAACUUUUGGGCAAAUUAUGUUUCGAAGAGAAUGAUCUGGCGUGGAGCCUGGCUUAACCUGGGAGUUCAUGUGGUCAUAGUUUUCUCCAGGGUGUUCGUGUGGCUGACAAUUUAUUUUCCUUUUUGUCAUUUGGGACUGUGGAAUACUCUAGCGUGAGAAGACAGAAGAUUGUAAUAUAAAUGUGCCAACAAGUAAACACCAGUAUUUCA